AUGAAAACAUGUUUAUUACAAUGUACAGCUGCACAAUACAUCGGUUCAUAUAAUCGUUUAGCUGCUGCUCCAUGUGCUGCAUUUGGGUCAUAUGAUGGUGUUCCUGGAAUUGGUUAUAAUUCUCCUUGCGGUGCCGGUAUUGGUUACCCUCAGAUAGGCAACUUAUACGGUUGUGGCGGUUCUAGCGCUGCUGGAUUGGCUGCUUCGAAUGGAGGCGGUCUACCAACCUCCAGUGCGUCAUGUAUCGCGCCCAAUGGUGUGUCAUUAGUGUCUGAGAAUGUUUAUGAAGGAGCUUUGGAAGUUGUCGGUGCAUUACCAUUCUUAGGAACGGUCGCUCUGGAAGGUGCCUUGCCCACUGCGGGCGCUGGUGCUGUUGCUUAUGGUUGUGGUAAUGGAGAGAUUGGCAUUUUAUCCGAAGAUAUAUCUGGCGUUGGCGCUCUAGGAUAUGGCGCUGGAGCCUUAGGUUAUGGAGCUGGGGCUCUGGGCUAUGGAGCUGGAGCUUUAGGAUAUGGCGCUGGCGCCCUCGGUUAUGAAGCUGGUCUGGCUCGUUCAGCUUACGGCUGCAAUGGAUUAGCCAAUUUUGGAGGACGAGGUUCAUGUGGAUGCGGUGGUCGGAUU